AUGGCACUGAAGAGCACCGCUACAGCCACAGCUUCAUCUUCAACCUCUUCACUGUGCUCUGUUCCUACUCUCUUCUUCGCCUUCACUCUCCUCUGCACUCUCUCUUUUUCUCUCUUCUUCCUCUUCAAUCCUCUUUCUUCUCUUUCUUCCUCAUCCUCGAUUUACCAAAACGCCUUUCACUCUCCCCAAAAUUCUAUCCAAGUCUUCGUCGCAGACCUCCCCAGAUUCCUCAACUAUGGCCUCCUCGACAAGUACUGGGCGUCCGGGCCCGAUUCCCGGCUGGGUAGCGAUGCGGACCACGAAAUCCCGAAGACCCAAUUGCCCAAAAGCCUUGAAUUUCCGCCAUAUCCUGAGAAUCCAUUGAUCAAACAAUACAGUGCCGAGUACUGGAUUUUGGGGGACCUGAUGACCCCUCAGGCUCAGAGAACUGGGUCGUUUGCCCAGAGGGUUUUCAGUGCUGCCGAAGCAGACGUCGUUUUCGUGCCCUUUUUUGCGACUUUGAGCGCUGAAUUGCAGCUGGCUACGGCUAAAGGAGCGUUCAGGAAGAAGGCUGGGAAUGGGGACUAUGAGAGGCAGAGGCAAGUAGUUGACUUUGUGAAGAACACCGAGGCUUGGAAAAGAUCAGGUGGAAGAGACCAUGUGUUUGUGCUCACUGACCCAGUGGCAAUGUGGCACGUUAGAGCAGAGAUAGCCCCGGCGGUCCUCCUAGUUGUAGAUUUUGGAGGGUGGUACAGGCUCGAAUCCAAGUCAUCGAAUGGCAGCUCGUCAGAUGUGAUUCAGCACACACAAGUUUCACUGCUCAAAGAUGUCAUUGUGCCCUACACCCAUCUACUUCCUAGAUUGCAACUGACAGAAAACAAGAAGCGGCAGACUCUACUUUAUUUCAAAGGAGCUAAACAUAGGCAUCGGGGAGGCUUAGUUCGAGAAAAAUUGUGGGACUUGUUGGUUAAUGAACCGGAUGUUAUUAUGGAAGAAGGAUUCCCUAACGCUACUGGGAGGGAGCAGUCAAUAAAAGGGAUGAGAACAUCAAAGUUUUGCUUGCACCCAGCUGGGGACACUCCCACUUCAUGCCGGCUUUUUGAUGCCAUUCAAAGUCUUUGUAUACCUGUUAUUGUCAGUGACAACAUAGAGCUUCCUUUUGAAGGGAUUGUAGAUUAUUCAGAAUUUUCAGUUUUUGUGGCAGUUGAUGAUGCAUUGAAACCACACUGGCUUGUGAGCCAUCUUAGAGCCUUUCCUAAAGAGCAAAGAGAUAGAUUUCAUCGGAAAAUGGCUCAGUUUCAGCCCCUGUUUGAGUAUGACAAUGGUCAUCCUGGUGGCAUCGGGCCAAUUCCACCAGACGGUGCAGUGAACCACGUGUGGAAAAAGGUUUACCAGAAGCUGCCCAUGAUUAAGGAAGCAAUCAUUCGUGAAAGGAGAAAACCUCCUGGUGUAUCAGUUCCACCACGCUGUCACUGUACUUGA